CUGUUGUCUCCACCCUCCUGUGCCCUAAUGGCUUCUCGCAGGUGCCUCGUCCCUCUGAGUCUGCCCCCGCAUCCCCAGGCCUGUGUUUGCUAGGGUCACGGGUUCAAGUUCUGGCUCCAGCGACUCAGCCCUUGCUCCUCUGCGCUGGGGGUUGCGGUCAGUGCGGCCGUGCUGCAUGCAGCACCACGGGGGUGAGCUCCUGCAAAGCCCAGUCUGAAACUUGAACAUCCCGCAGCCCUUCGACAGAGGGGCUUUGUGCCGGGAGCCCGACCCUAGACACUCCUCGCUUUGCCGUGGUGCUGCGGGUGAGGGCUGCGCUGCUGUGGGUGCGCGUCUGCCAGGCUGCUGCAGGGCCGUGCGAGCAGGGGGCAGGCACAAGGCCCUGGAUACCAGCAGCUGCGUCCGGUGUGUUGCCAUUCACCGCAUCCCUCUUGUGCCUUGGCCCCAUCCUGUCCCCUCUGUCUGGGAGAUGCCAGCUCCUGGGACCAGGGCAAGGUCCCAGGGAGAGCGCCGCGGGGGACCAGGGCCACGAAGCGCUGGGUGAUGUAGCUGGACCAAUAUUUUCCCCAGAAAGCUUAGGGGAAAGUCUGGCCGUGGCUAUUCUGGAGUGGGAGCAGCUGUUUCUUCAUCCUCCUCCUUCCCAGUUUGGUUCUUAAAAGCUAAAAACGCUGGAAAUGGGAGCAAAAUGCUUCAACCCGGGGGAAUGAAGCCUUUGGUUCAACCCCCGUCCUCCUCUCCCCACUCAACCAAGUCCUUUUUGGCUUUUCAGUCCACCAGAAAACAUGGAUCGCUUUUCCCUUUGUCUCGCUCUGUCUCCAGCUCUGCCCGCGGAUGCCCAGAGCCCCCCUGUUCGGGCAGCCUCCCUGUAGCCAAGGCUGGUCCCGGAUUCUCCUCCGCGGGUGGGAAAGGCAUGCUCUUGAGCCCCAAAAGCUUGGUUUGAAGCCUCCUGCGUUUGACGCCCUUUCGCCCUACGCCGAGCUGCCUCCCGGCACGGCCUGGGUACCCGGUGGACCGCAGCACCUCUGCCACGGGGCCGGGGAGCUCGUUGGAAGCUGGCACGCUCUGGCCCAGGCUGACCCAACCCAACCAUUUGGGAGGCGACAAUUUCCCAGGCCACGACCCAGCCGUGGUUGGCGCGAGGGAGGGCGGAAGGUCUCAGCCCGCCCCGUGCCGGGGGGAACGGGCUGAGGGAAGAGCCGUUUCAGGCCCUCCCUUCCUGCCGUGCCCGGAGCAGGCGCUGCGAGCGGUGGCGCUGACCCGUGGCCUCGCUCCCCUUCCUCUUCCAUUCCGAGAACAGGCAGCGCCCGCAGCUGGCGAGCGGAAGUGGGACUAUAAUAAACUGGCCAGCGGCUUCCCGGGGCUGCAGCGCCAGCUUCCACCGACUGCCCCCGGCACCCGGUCCCAGGUGCUGUGAGGGGCUUGGGGGGGUGCGCGUUCUCCUGCCACGGGGACCAUGGAGCAGCUGAACUGACCUCAGGAGGCAUCCCACUGUACCCAGGAUGGGCUGCGUGCAGUGCAAAAAGAAGGGGUCUGGCAAAGCCCAGGGCGAGGGCUGCGAUGGCAAGCUCAGCCUGGUCCCCAGCACCCACUAUGACCCGGACCCCACCCAGCCCGCCGCCAGCUUCAGCUGCAUCCCCGACUUCAACAACUUCCACGGCUCCCCCACGCCCGCCGGCACCGCCUUCCUGGGGCCCGGCCUCUACCCCAGCAACACCCUGCAUGGCCGCGGGGGUGGCAUCACAGGCGGGGGCGUGACGCUGUUCAUCGCCCUGUACGACUACGAGGCCCGGACGGAGGACGACCUGACCUUCCUGAAGGGGGAGAAGUUCCACAUCAUCAACAACACUGAGGGCGACUGGUGGGAAGCGAGGUCCCUGAGCACGGGGGCCACGGGCUACGUCCCCAGCAACUACGUGGCGCCGGUGGACUCCAUCCAGGCAGAAGAGUGGUACUUCGGGAAGAUCGGGCGGAAGGAUGCGGAGCGGCAGAUCCUGUGCCCUGGAAACCCCCGUGGCACUUUCCUCAUCCGGGAGAGCGAGACCACCAAAGGUGCCUACUCCUUGUCCAUCCGGGACUGGGACGAGGCGAAAGGCGACCACGUGAAGCACUAUAAGAUCCGGAAGCUGGACAACGGCGGCUACUACAUCACCACCCGGGCCCAGUUCGAGACGGUGCAGCAGCUGGUCCAGCAUUACAUCGACCGAGCUGCAGGGCUGUGCUGCCGCCUGGUCGUGCCGUGCCACAGGGGGAUGCCCAAGCUGGCGGACCUGUCCGUCAAAACCAAAGACGUGUGGGAGAUCCCCCGCGAGUCACUGCAGCUCCUCAAGAAGCUGGGCAAUGGGCAGUUUGGGGAAGUCUGGAUGGGCACCUGGAACGGGACCACCAAGGUGGCGGUGAAGACACUGAAGCCGAGCACCAUGUCGCCCGAGGCCUUCCUGGAGGAGGCGCAGAUCAUGAAGCGGCUGCGGCACGACAAGCUGGUGCAGCUCUACGCCGUGGUGUCAGAGGAGCCUAUCUACAUCGUCACCGAGUUCAUGAGCCAGGGGAGCUUGCUGGACUUCCUGAAGGACGGAGAUGGCCGGUUCCUGAAGCUGCCGCAGCUGGUGGACAUGGCCGCGCAGAUCGCAGCCGGCAUGGCCUACAUCGAGCGGAUGAACUACAUCCACCGGGACCUGCGCGCCGCCAACAUCCUGGUGGGGGACAACCUGGUGUGUAAGAUCGCCGACUUCGGGCUGGCCCGCCUCAUCGAGGACGACGAGUACACGGCGCGCCAGGGCGCCAAGUUCCCCAUCAAGUGGACGGCCCCGGAGGCUGCGCUUUUCGGCCGGUUCACCAUCAAGUCGGACGUGUGGUCCUUCGGCAUCCUCCUCACCGAGCUCGUCACCAAGGGCCGCGUGCCCUACCCAGGCAUGAACAACCGGGAGGUGCUGGAGCAGGUGGAGCGAGGAUACCGCAUGCAGUGCCCAGGUAGCUGCCCGUCCUCGCUGCACGAGCUGAUGGUGCAGUGCUGGAAGAAGGAGCCCGAGGAGCGCCCCACCUUCGAGUACCUCCAGUCCUUCCUCGAGGACUACUUCACCGCCACCGAGCCCCAGUACCAGCCCGGGGAUGACCAGUGAGGCCGUGCCAGGACCCUUCAUGGGGCCAGGACACCCCCCUGGUUUGCUGGGAAUUUUUUUAUAUCCCCUCUUCGGGGAUUUUGUUACUCCCCGCCCGCCACCGAGCUCCCCUCCCCCAUGGCCGCAGGGGUGGGGGCACCAAUGCACCCUAUUUCAAAGGGGUCCCCCCAGAGCUGUUCCUAUGGAGGGGGGAGCUGUGCCCCUCUUCUCUCCCUCAAUGCCCUCCGCUGCCUCGCUGGGCUGGGGAAGUCGUCCCCACCGGGCCCAGCAGCCAUGGGGGGAGGCACAUGGCAGCCCCGCUCUCUCCCCAGGCUUGCAGACGUGCUGCGCCCACAGCUAGUGCCCGCGUUGCCCAGCCUGGGUGGGCUGGGGAGAAGCAGGCCUGCCUCCUGCCAUGGAGAAAGGCCGCGGGUGGAUGGAGCAUCCCCCAGGCGAAGGCAGAAGCUCGCCAACCUCCAAGCUGUGAUAGCCCAGGGGCACGUGGCCCCUCCAGCCCUGCCCUGGGGGGUGGCAGGACCUGGGGUGGGGGCGCAGGGCUCCUUCCCCAGCUCCCUCCGCCGUGACGGCACUGCUCCUGGGGAGACGCUGGCAGGGACCCCCCCUCCCCCCGCUGCUUGCACACUUUUUGUACAUAACUUUUUUAUGAUGAUGGUGAUUAUUUAUAAGACUCAAACCCUGCCCCCCCCGACCCCCUCGCCAGGGUGUCCGGGCUGGUAGAAGGCCAGUGGGGGGAUGCAACUUCUGUUUCUCCUCCUCCCCCAACCCCUGGACUCAUCACUGGCUUCAGUUGCUUUUCCUUUGACCAGAGCCAAAUCGAUAAAGCCAUAUGCUGCUGCUCGGGGCGGGGGGAGCAGUCAGCGCCACCCCCUGGGACCAGGGAUGCGCUGGAGCCUGGCACGGCGGGUGCAGGAGGGGGCAGGAAUUACCUUCACCUGGGGAAAAGAUCCCAGAUUUAAGCCUUCAUAGCUGGUCGCCUUCCCCCUAUCAUUGCCUUAUGCAUUAUGGUCCAGGGGCUGGAGUGAUGGGGGUGCAAGUCGGCUCCAGCCACAUGCCCCCAUGGGAGUCCUGAGCCCUGUCCCCUUCAGACCCCCUGGGCUGGAGUGGUCUGUGCCCCCCAAGAGCCCAGCCCCUCUGCCUGGCAUGGAGGUUGCCGCCAGUGCACCCAUGGGGCUGGGGGGCCCUGUCCAUCCCUGCGUGGAGGAGUGGGGCUGGGGGCUGCACCUCCGGGGUUGGGGUUUUUUCCACAUGGGUUCUGUAAAUACAAACAAAUAAACCUUUCUACCAAGA